AUGGAGCAGAGGAAAGUAACCUUCAAAUGGAUUAAGUUGUAUAAGGCAAAGCUGAAAGAGAGGGAAGAGGCUCGACAAAAGUCUAUUGAUCGCUUAAAGAAGCGAUAUCAAGAAGAAGAUGCAAGAAAAAGAACUAGACAAAUACAGUUGUGUUCGAAGGUUUCACCUUCUAGCAAGAAACGAAGCUAUUGGGGCGAAUUGGUACAGCAUUUAUGUGAAAAAGCUGUAAUUCAUCAAGAAAUCGUAGAGUUCUUACCCGGUCAUCCUAGUAAUGCUUCUUACGCUGCUUUCGUUGUGAAGAAUUUAGCUGCCAUGAAAAGAAGUAAGGCUGUGAUCAAGAAUCAUAGUGUUUUGUCCAAACCGAAGUCCGUUACUGCUUCGUCGUUGCCAUCAUGGAACAAAACGAUCGAGCCAUUUCGAAGGAGAUUCUGA